AUGGCCGGAAUCCCACCUGGUACAGGCAAGAUUUUCUCUUUGACCGGGAGGAAUUCUGCCGGCCGACACGCCGACACGAGACUGGCUCGUGCCUCCCGAGCCGAGACAUGCUGUGCGCUUGCCCGGAGUUGUCCGGCCAACCAAACUUCACUCUGCCGCAUACAACCACCCCGCCAACACUCGACUUGCCCCUCCGCCCUCCUCCCGACACCCCAAAGCAGCCCUAUCCUCAGCCUGACCUGCUCUCUCCCCCGCCAUCGACACACUACUGUCAGAUCAACCUAUACCCCCAACAGAACGGACCAGCGCAAAGCAACCCCUGAGCUUCUUGCCCGCACAUUCAUCACACAUGCCAUCAUGGAUAUCCGUUUCGGCGGUAAAUAUCAUUUCGUCAAGAACAUUGGAUGGGGCUCGUUUGGUGAUAUCUAUCUUGCAGUCGACAUCGAUUCCGUACAAAGCCCAGAUCUAUACAAGCAAGAAUUCGCGAUCCUCCUCAACUACUCGCGUUCGUUACGGUUCGAGGACAAGCCCGACCACGCCUGGCUCCGCGAGCUCUUCCGCGACCUGUCUGUCCGCAAGCGCUUUGCAUACGAGUACGUCUUUGAUUGGUCGAUCCCGACCGGCAAAGCCCAGGCCGAGGGGGCACAGCUUUGCGAGGAAGAAACGGCCGCCAAAGGGCCAAUCGACCGGCUCGCUCCUCCUGCCCCUAGUCCUGCGGCAUCCCACAACGAUGACCGCGAAGAUGACCUCCCCAGUAAUGCCGAACCUCCCGAAGAACCCCUUCCAACGAAUAAGGAUUCCUCCAACAGAUAA